AUGGGGCUGCCCCCAACACCCGCCAAGAACCCGAAGGACGACCCUUCGUCCCGGUGUCCACCGGCCGAGGCGGUAACGCGCCGCGAGCGGCGGCUGCGGGGCGCUUUUGUGACGCCAUCAGCCCGCGCGCCGCCUCCGCGCCGCCCCGCCCCCGCCGCCUUGUGCGCAGUCGUGGCCCGGGCAGCGCCGCGGCGCGAGGCAGAGGUGCCGGGGGCUGCGGCCGGGGAUGCUCCAGCGGGCGCGAGGGCCCCCGCCAUGCAGCCCGCCGAGAUCCAGUUCGCUCAGCGGCUGGCAUCGCACGAGAAGGGCGUCCGGGACCGGGCUGUGAAGAAGCUGCGCCAGUACAUCAGCGUGAAGACGCAGAGGGAGACAGGCGGUUUCAGUCAAGAAGAACUUCUGAAAAUAUGGAAAGGGCUCUUCUACUGCAUGUGGGUGCAGGAUGACCCCCCGCUGCAGGAGGAACUAGCGAACACUAUUUCCCAACUCAUCCAUGUUGUUAACAACUCAGAGGCCCAGCACCUGUUCAUUCAGACCUUUUGGCAAACGAUGAAUCGAGAGUGGACAGAGAUGGACACGCCGCGCCUGGACAGAUACCAGAUGCUGAUCCGCCUGGUCCUGCGGCAGUCCUUUGAGGCCCUGAAGCAGGACGGCUGGGAAGAAAGCCGAGUCCAGCUCCUUCUUAGUGUCUUGAUGAAGGAAGUUCUGCAUCCUGAGAGUCAGUCUCCUAACGGAGUGAAAUUCCACCUCAUUGACGUUUACCUAGAUGAACUGUCCAAAGUGGGAGGGAAAGAGCUUUUGGCAGAUCAGAAUCUCAAGUUUAUUGAUCCAUUCUGCAAAAUUGUUGCCAAGACUAAGGACCAUACAGUGGUGCAGACUAUAGCUAGGGGUGUUUUUGAAGUCAUUGUAGAUCAGUCUCCACUUGAACCUGAAGAGACAGUGGAGGAACAGAAGACUAAAGUGGAUGAAAGCAACUUCUUUGAAGAAGAGACAUCUGAAAACGAGGUGACAUGGACGAAAACAUUCAGUAAAAAGAAGACGGCACUGGGCAAAUACCACUCCAGAAAAGACGGAAUCCGGGAUGGAGGUGAGAGAGACGACGGUGGGAACUUGGAGGACGCUGGGCCACUUCUCCAGUUUGACUAUCAGGCCGUUGCUAACCGACUCCUGGAAAUAACCAACCGGAGAAACAUCCCACCCUUCAACAGGAAACGUCUCUCCAAAUUAAUCAAAAAAUUCCAACAUAUCUCCGAAGGCACUAUACCUCAGGUCCAUUUUGCUGAGGACAUUUCUGCCAAUCAAGAUGACCAAACUAUCAGUCGAGGAAGGCAGAAGAAAAAAGGAAACAGACUUCUAGAGAAAACCAGUGCAGAAAAAGAGAAAGGAAACAAGUUCUUCCUUGCUGAGGAAGAGGAGCGUGAAGUUGAUAUUCAGAAGAGGAAACGGAAAAAGAAGAAGAACCACCUCCAGCCUGAACGUUUAGGGUCCGAGGUCAAAGCCAUGUCCCCAGAACAGAAUGGGGACAGUGAGCCAGAAGCAGUUCCAGGAAGAGCCCAGAAGCUGGGUGUGAUUGUGCUGGGGGCAGCAGCCGCUCCCAAUUCUCGGGAGCUGAGCGGCUGGGAGCACCCCCCUUCUAGCUCCCCCAUGCAGAGUAGGAGGAAACGACACCGGAAGAGGAGCCCAAGGGUCCAGGGAGAGAACACAGAGUCAGCAGGGUCACCUCUGGAGGACUCGUCUCGGGGUGACCCCAGUAGUGACCAUGCUCAGGGGCCUGCCCCCCAAGCUUCCCCCGCCGAUGGAGCCCCAACCCCGAAGCGGAAGCGGAAACUCGGGGCUCCCCUAGUCAAUGGCAGCGGCCCACCCACACUGGCUUGGCCCCCACCCGGACAGGAGGGCCCUCCAGUGAGCCCAGCGGACAGAGGGGAUUGCCCGGCCACCCCUCCCCAGGGCAGGAGACCAAAGAAAAGGAAGGGGGAGCCCAACAAUCUUGACCUCCACGACCUGUCCACUCAGAAAACUGCCAUUUUCAAGAAGAGGAAGAGAAUGAAAGACAUGUUGAACUUGAACUUGGUAGAACACAACCAAGUGUUGGAAUCCGAAGUCAAGCUCGUCCAGGCUCUGGGGAGCAGUGGGCCCUUCAGCCCUUUGAAGAGGAAGAAGCCGAGGACGGAGAAUGAUUUUGUGAAGUUUGACCAAACUCCUUUCUUACCAAAGCCCCUGUUCUGCAGAAAGGUGAAGAGCAGCACCGCCCCGGCCUCCGGAAGCCUCACCGUGCAGCUCAGCAAGACACCGUCCAGCUCCAAGAAGGUCACCUUUGGGCUGAACAGAAACAUGACUGCGGAAUUCAGGAAGACGGACAAGAGCAUCCUGGUCAGUCCCACGGGCCCCUCCCGCGUGGCCUUCAACCCCGAGCAGAGGCCACUGCACGGGGUGCUGAAGACGCCCACCUGCUCCCCCGCCAGCACCGUCCUGGGGCUCAAGAAGCCGCUGAGCGCCGCGCCAAAGAGAAGGCCAACGGCUAUGGACUUCUUCUAGGGCAGUCGCAGGUCCCUUUUUAAUCUGCUUUUGUACAGAAUACUCUAAAUUAUAACUUGGCAAAGGUGGGGCCUUUUUUAUUGUUUUAUAAAUUCCCAUGGAUUGUAUGUCCGAGGGUCGGUGUGAGCUGCAACGCUGCUGCUUGGCUGUCCCUCCCGGCAGGGGCUGUGGGCAUCUUGGUUGAAGCCUUUGCUGCAAACAUCAAGUGUGCUGGAGCCCCCCAAGGGUCCACGUUCUGGGGAACCUCAGGACACCCCAAGUGUGGCAGGGCGAGCGCCUGGCAUUAGCCUUGUCAGCUGCCCACGUGCACACCUGCGUGCUCGGUAGUGUGUCUGCCUGCUGGGCUGGCUGGCUGGUUGUCUGCUGUGUAACGGUCUUUGUUCUGAAAAGCGUGGAGGGCAGUGUUCCCGUGCUGUGCGGGCACCUGGCAGUGUAUGACAUGGGGCUCUGGGCUGCGAAUCAGCAGUGCCGGCCUGUGUCCAUGCGCUCAGCUGGGCUGGAUUGCGGGUGGGGCGGGAGAGCAGAGCCUGGGCCUGGGGCCUGCCCUGCGUUCUACCUCUCAGCCAGCCCCAGGUGUCUUCACGGGGAGAGCAGCAAGCGUCCCUGGCUGUCACCGGACUCCAGCCGGGUGGCCCACUCAUCUUCCCAUGUCCUUGUGUUCUGGUUGCCCUUUACCCAUAAACCUUUGAGCCAGUGACCUAAGUAAAUGACUGGCGUCCACAGAAGCAGGUCUCCCACCUUAGAUCUCCAGAGGCGUGCCGGCAGCAUCUACAGACCUGAGCUGCCACUCGGAGGCAGAAAUAGCAACCUUUAAGAAUUGUUUGUGCAUAUUUAUUGUUCAUAGCUACCUUAUGUCUGAAAUAUUGAAGCUUGCACUCACAGAUUUUUAUAAAGUUCUAAUUUUAGUUCAUUACAAGAGAUGGGGGGUGGAAGGCACACAGACUUCAGUUGGGGGAACGUAGCGCUGUCUGUGUACCCACCUUGUUUGGGGGGCCACAUCUGUCCCGAACCUCAGUGAGGGACAAGCCACAGACUUAAGGCAGGAAAGCCAGUGGAGCUCGGCUCUUUCUUGAGUUUACGCAAUAACAUUGCAGACCUGAAGGAGGAGUUGUGACUUGGGGGCCUGUAGUCACCUCCUAGGUGCCCCGUGCUCCCCCAGACCUUUCUCCGCUCAGGGAUCUCGGGCCUCCUGGGAAUGAAAGCCACCCCAAACACACAGGAGCCCCAGUUUCUCACCAAAACUCGGGCCAGUCCCCUUUGCUGCUCCCAGCUGAGGGCCCUGGCAUUGCCUCUGUGGUCCGGGCACAGCUUGGGGUGAAGGAGGUCCCCUGGGGUUAGUGGGCAUCGAGGAGCUGACUCUGGUUUCCUUAAUCACAUAACCAGGGUGGCUUCUGCGCACCUCACUGAGCAGUCUGGGCCCGUUGGGCCCUGGGGUCAAGGAUGGGGAGCCGUGCUCUUCGUCUGCCCCGUAACUGGUUUGUCAGGAUAGGCUGUGAAAACGUGUCUUGUGCUGUCAGCCAGUCCUCGUAAGGAGACAGUACGUUGUGCACAUGGCUUUAGUGCCCCGUGAUCCUUACGUGCUUAAACCACGUCCGAAACCAGACCUGACAGUGUGAAAAGAGUUAAAUAGUGAAAUAUGUUUAACUUUUCAUUUAAAAAAGAGUUUCAUUAUCCUUGGUCAAAUUAUUUUUCUAACAACUUUAAUUUCAGCUUAAAAGAUGAUGGGUCUUUAUGCCAAAUGGGCCCCAUCAGCCAAGAAUGUUGUCUUAGCAGGACAUUGUAGGGCGAAAGUGGCCCGUGUGUCCUCCUGAUGAGCGCCGUGACUUUCCUCAUCGUAUCACUGUCUCCUGUCUUCUGAGGCACCGCAGAAUAUCCUGUACAUGCACCUCCGGCUGACGCCUGCCUGUGCACUCGGGCCCUGAAAUGACAGUGUGACUUGGGCCCCCUCUAUCCUUCUCUAACUCUGUCCUCACUCCUCACUGACUCCACUUUGAGGGUGAGUUCAGUAGGUUUGCUGUGGCUUGUUUUUAAUACCUAAAUUUUGGCUACAAAGAAAGAGAACAAUUUUUUACAAUUCUGAUUAUGUAUACACACAACAAGGUGUGUCACAUAAAGAAAAUGUAUUUAGAAUACCAGUUUUCUACUUGAUGCAUGUUAUUUUCCUAGGUACAACUGCCAAGGGGACUUGGCAGUCCAAAAAAGAAAAUAAUCUGAUGCUGGUGAUCUUGGAGGGUUUUGUAAGGCGUCGCCUGUACAAUUUGGUGCCACACUUGACGAUGCAUUGCCCUUUCUAACUUUUACUGAACUGAAAGCACAAAGGAGAGUAUAAAGCAGUUGUUAUUGCUGGAAAGAAUAUGAGAUCGAGUCCGUCUUUUGAUUUUUGUGUUUUCUCUGAAUUUCCCUGACUGCUGGCAAGGACUUUGUUUAUGACCAAUUUGUUUCAGUUCUCAUCAAAGCCAAGUUCAAUUAAAAAAAACCUCUCUGCCCUCAGAUUUGUAUUGGGUAUUGACUGUCAUUGCACAAAACUACCCCUCUGGGAGCUGUGACGGUGUAGGUGUAGGAGAGUUUGGAAACAGACUGUUUGGGUACCUGUCCCAUCGUGCAUCCACUAUGCAGAGCCAGCGAGCAAGUACUGGGCCAGCCUUCCUGGGGUGGGGGCCAGGCCUAACGUGUGCAGGGUAUGGCCUCGUCCUGGCCGGAGUCCCCAGCUCAUCCCAGGGACCUGACCACUGCCAGUUGGAAGCCCAGCAAGGCCCAGCCUCCGCUGGGACCACACAGCGCUCGUCACAUGAACGUACUGUGUGCGUCCAGUCCCCUAACAAUGGGCUUUUAGGUUUCGGUCACAAAUGUAGGUCCAGCGGCAGCUGGGGCCCCCAGUCCACACCCUGGGGGGAAUGCAACAUCCCAGAGGGCUUCUGUUGUCACAGACCCCACGCUGGAUCGUGUCCUCUGUCCCCUCACCCCAAAUGUGGGCACAGGGCCUCAGCCUCACCCUCCCUAAGACACUGCAGGCGCUGGGAGCAAGCCUGACCUGACGGUUGGCGUGGGGCUACGGCCCCUCCCUCCAUAAACCUAAGGGCACACUGGACACGGCAUUUUUCAGAGUGAUCGUCACCCACCAUGUCCACGCCUGCCGCUCGGAGCCUUCGGCUGGCAGCUGGCUCCCAGCCAUGCCCACACGGGCGCCCUGCCCCCCACCCCAGAAGCGCAGCCUCCAGCUCCUCCAGCCCCGUGGCUCCCAGCCGUCUUCCCCGCUUCCCACACGCUCAUGUGGUGCUCGGCAGAGAACAGCCUUGCGUGAGACAGGUGCCACCUCCCGAGAAGACAUGUUGCCAAAUGGCUCUUUCUCCCUCGUCACUGACUGUGUUUCGUCUACACACUCACUCAGCAAGUACUUGCUGUACCAAACACCCUCCUGUACGACACGCUG